AUGUCGCCCACAAAUCCUCCGCCAGUUCAACGAGGGAGAUCACUAAAUUCCAUUCAUGACAAGAAGCGGCAUGGCACACCAAAAAAGACCCAGUUUACAGCUGGAGGUGGGAAAAAACUCGUAAGGAAUGGCUCUCAUGGCAAAAACCUGAAUAAACUGCCCCGAAUCACUUCAUAUGAGGCCGUAAACGCGUUAGACCACACGAUAAGGCCUGACUUUAACAGGUCGAAAAGUACGGACGGCAUAUUGGACAGAAUGGCUUUGAAAUCUCUCACAAAAAAUGAGACUAGAAGUCCAGAGCUAAGUGAAGAAGAAGUAGAAGAAUUUGACGAUGAUGUCAAGGUUGUAGAAAGCAACUCAGGGGCAACAUUAGAAGACAGUCUGCCUAGAUUAUAUGGAGGGGACGUCCUGCUAUCACAGUCAACUGGCAUAGAGAGAAGCAUAGCUCCAGUUGCCUCGUUGCGAGGGUCAUUGAUAAGUAUACCCUCUCAAUUAUUGGCCCAGACAAUGGGUGAAUUCAGAACAACAAGCCCUCAGGGUCCUCCAUUAGUCACAUCUGCUCCGCAAAAUACACAGGAUACUCCCUCGAGAAAUGCAAGUCUAAUAUUCAACCCUUCGAAUGUCCACAUUGCUGGUACAGGCUACGAAGACACACGAACCCAACAGAAAUUAUGGUUACAAAGAGAAAGUUCGCUUAGAGACGUUAAAAUGCCAGUUAAACAACCACAGACGAAUGGUUUCUUUUCUACAUCCCAGUUUCGUACUGAAUUUGAACGAUAUUCCAAGGAGUAUUUAAACGUUCGAAGGUACGUAAAUCCGGUAGCUGAAUCGUUGAAAAGAUUAGACGCGGCAAAUAAAGUGCCAAAGGAUAUACAAAACCGGCCUUCCACUAUCUCAGUAAAGGAAAUACAAGCGAAGGCAGAAGCUAUCAAAGCCCAAAUAUGGAAUGAAGAGGUGAAGUAA